AUGACUUCAUCAUAUCCCUGGUUCCGGGGCCCUGAGAUCCACAGCAUUAUCUUCGAUGACCCUGAGCCCUCUACCUGGAUUGUCCUCGAACGCCUUAACGAACACGAAAACCGAGAGGAUCCCGAAAGAGCACACAUAAAGCAUCCUGACCACUGCACUGUCUCCUAUGCCUCUAUCAAGUACCGGUGCAAGAAACAGGGAGAUGCUAGCAAAAUCGCGUUCGUUAGGAUGUAUAAGCAAAUUCCCCACCUCGGCACAGAGUUUGAUGAUCAUACUACCCGCGCUAAACAAGCUAGGGCGUGGAGUCCGCCCGAGCUAAUAGCAUACAAGACUCUUACCGAUAAGCAGUCAAAAUUCACACACCACCUCUUAGGAUAUAGGGAAGAGGAGCAAGAGAGCUCCGCUCUUGUGUCCUCUGGUUUCCUAGUCUCGUUUGCGUGGGAGCAAGUUCCCGGUGUUCAGCUAGGAGAUAGUCUUGGCGGAAAGGUCUUCUGGGAUAUGAGUGAUGAUCAACGCCACACUAUUCGGGAAACCUUCAAGAAUAAGACAAUCCGUGAGACUGAAGCUAUUGGUUUUCGCCCCUUGUUCGCUUGUCCCUCGCAUUUGGUUUGGGAUUCCGCCUCCGGUAAUCUUUUUAUGGUCGGCUUCCGUCAGUGGAUUGAUGUUAAGCCAAACCCCUGGAGUGAGGCAAAGUCCUUCUGUUUCGGCCUAGCUAAGCCGCCCAGAAAUGACGACUGGUCUGAAUAG